AUGAUGUGCAAGAACUGCAUGGCGGUUUAUCCCAUAUCAUUGAAGAUGUGGCAAACCUCGCAAAAACGGACGGACGACUUUCCUUCUUUGCCUUUCCACGACUAUUGCAAAGUUGCCACAUGGCUGCGUAUUGGUAGCCAGAACUUCCACCGAAUUCGUUGCAGCAAACCUAUCGGCGUACAGCAUGAAGAAAUCAAAACGAUGCACCUUUACCGUCAUUUGGACCGCAUCGAGCGUCGUCUACAAGAAUUAGGAUAUACGAGCAAGGACGUGCCAGUUGAUCCUGAACAGUUAGGCACGCUCGAUUCACUGCAUUUCUUCGGGGAUGAGCCAAUACGCAACAUUGUAAGAUUGCUGGCUAAUACUCCAGAAGACAAAAAAGUGCUAGACAUUGGUACGGGUUAUGGAGGUACCGCUCGGUUGUUGGCACACCGCAGUGGUUGCAAGGUUGAUGCCUUGGAGUUGCAACCGGAUCUAAGCGAGGCCGGUCGAGAACUUACUCGGCGUUGCGGGCUUGACAGCCACGUCACACAUCUGAAUGGGGAUUUUCUGGAGCUUUCACUACAAAAAGAGGAAUACGACGCCGUGUGUUUUGACAUUCUCAAACCAGGUGGUUUCUUAUACAUCGACGACUUUUUCGUCCGUGGGGUGGAGUUGACGAAAGAGGACAAAUUAACGCUCAAGCAAGAUGUCUAUUGUGCCAACUUGUUACGUCAGACAGAUCUUCAUGAAGUCCUGAAGGACUGUGGCUUUGAAGACAUUAGUUUUCAGGACGUGACGACAAAGUGGCUGCCUUAUUUGACGAAUCGUGCCCUUCAGUACCGUGCAUCUUUGGACUCACACAUCGCUCGCGAUGGUGAGACCGCAGCUCGUGACCUUGAACAUUUCUAUACUAGUGUAGCUCGUGUGUUUCAGGGUGGUAAUGUUGGAGGCUACACGUUGAUCGUGCGUAAGCCGCUUUGA